AUGCAAGGAGUGGAGAGCAGCAGCAGCAGGGCCCAGGGAAGCUGAGCAGAGCUCACCUCUCCUGCCUGGAGCUCCAUUGCCUCCAGCCCAUCCUCUGAGCUUAGCAGCAAAAUGCAGCAGCUGCAUCUUCUCUGCUUCAGUCUCCUGUUGCUGGGACAUAUCCUGGAUGUGCACGGCGGCAACAACGUCCUCGACUGCUGCCUGCGGACGAGUGAGGCGCCCAUCCCGCGGCGGAUCGUCAAGGAUUACUGGCUCCAGCUGGUGCAGGACGGCUGUGACAUCCCUGCUGCCGUAUUCAUCACCACAAAGGGCAAGCGCCUCUGUGCACCCCUCCAUUCCCCAUGGGUGAUUCGUCUCCAAGAGAGCCUGGAUGCCAACUCUGCCAAGAGUGCAGGCACCAUCCUCUUCUCCCAAGCCCUGCUGUGA